CACCGUGUGCCGCUGGCUUUAUUUUGUCUCCCUCCCCUAAACGCAGCUGGAGAAUGACGUAUGGGUACACCCUUCUACCUAAAGCCAUAUACCGAACUGAACUGAACUGAAACUUAUUUUGUAAACAAAGUAAACAGCAUGUCAAUGGAUCAAGAUGUUAUUGAGAUGAGAAAAGAUGCGGAUGGAAAAAACAAAAAUAAAAUUUUUUGUACAUUUUGCCCUUCAAAAAUGCUUAAUGCUGGAGUUGCUAGGUUAAUAAACAUGGAGUUUGCGCUACCUUACAUACAUAGCAAAGGAGAAGGUCUAAGCAAUCAACCAGAAUCCAUUUCCAAUUAUUGGUUAGUGGAAGAUAUGUAUACAUUUGAAAAUAUUGGUGUAUCACACACAGUAGAUAAUGUCAAGUACUUAGCUUGUGCUGAUUGUGAAAGAGGUCCAGUAGGAUGGCAUGAUUUAUCUACCAAAAAAUCUUACAUUGCACUGUGUAGAGUGAAACAUGAAUAACACAAUAUAGUGAAAUCUACUUAAUAAUAAAAUAAUUUUAUAAUUUUAUACUCACAAUAUGUGUGUAAACAUGAGCGUAUAAAAAAAAUUUUGGAUCUAUGCAAGUAUGAGAUAAUAUAUAUGUAAUUACUGUUUGUGAACAUAUAAUUGAUAAAUAUGCAAUGUCUAUAUAAAAAUCUAUAUUCUAGGUUUA